UUUUAAAAUUAGUUUAUAUUUUUUGUAAUUUAAUUUUGCAUAAACUUACUUUUAUUUUGGCCAGCUGUUUUUACCACUUAACCUCUUCAAAAAUGUAUACGUGUACUAUGUGCGGCUUGAAGAAGUCGCAGCUGGGCAGUAAUCCGGAUUUUGAGUUUCGCAGCCGGCGACGUCAAGCCGAGGAAGCCUACAUAGAGGGCAUAUCAGAUUGGUGCUCAAAAUGUGAAGCUCUUCGAUUUUUUUUCAAGUCCGACGAUGGCAAAGAGUCGCCUCAGUAUUUGGAGGAGCAGCCAAAGAGGAAACUGGCUAACUAUAUGCUCGAGGCGACAGCCAACGGUUGCCAGGAUAAUAGGCAGCAAAGGUCUAAGGGCAAAAAAGACGGUCAGGACAGGAAUCGAAAGAUGCAACGCGACCUGCGUCACGAGGCACGCAAGGUUAUGAGGCAGGAGCUGUUGGCUGGCCUGCCAUCCCAGCUGCCGCGCGGCUCCUUGUGGGAGCGCAAAUUGAGGUCCUAUAGUGAAGAUCGUGAUCGCCCCAGCCGUCGCGUCCAAUCAACAGAUGAGCGUCGCUCCAAAUCGGUGGUAAAUGAGUCAUUUCAUCAAUCGCGCUUGGACAAACAGCAGGCCGAACGUCGCAGCUGCCUGGCCAAGGACAUAUCAAAAUUGGGCAUGAAGCCGGAUAAGCGUGUGCACUUGGAGGAUCUGAACGUAAUAGAGGAAAAUGGGCUGCUUAAUAGCUUGCUGGACCAGAUGGAGGACCAUGAUACUGAUACUCGUGGGCCUAUAAGCUUUAAGAGCAAGCUGCCCAUAGGCAAGCUACAGGAAAUGGAGCUGUUGAAUCCGUGGCAAGAAGAGGUGCAACGGCGCACAAAUCAAUUGCUGGCCAACAGUGCCAAAAAGGAGCUUAAGGCAGCACGAGAUCGUAUCAUGGACUUCAGUUUGCCAAAAACUCUGGACUACGAUAAAAAGCGAAGUUUUAACGGGCCAAUUGGUGUGACCAAGAGGCUUACCGUGGACGAGGUGGCCAGAGAUAUGAAGAAAAUGGAGAGGGAGGAGUUCAAGGAACAUCUACACAAUAAGCUGGUGGAAAAGAAAAAUCUGGUCGGCGAAUGGGAGCGCAUACGUCACCGUGUCGAGGAUGAAUGCAACCGCGUCAAAGCAGAGCUAAUCGAGCUAAAGCGACAGCGGGACUUAGAAAUGGAACGAAAGCCGAAAGUCAGCCAUGAAAGUGGCAUAGAGCGGCAGCGAGGCGGUGCCCAGUUUGGGCCAACAUAUUCAGAUAAGGAGCAAACUAAUGAUCUGGAAAAUAUAAAGAAUGACCACGAGAAGACUAUCGGUGAUGCAUUAGACGAGAAACUGGAGAACAUGUUAGACACGCUGCAUGAGAAUACGCAGAAAAUCGAAUCGAGCGUAGACAAGGUGGACAAGAAUCUGUUAUUUGAGCCCAGCGCACCGCUGGCGAGUCAAACGGAGUUUGAAGAAAGCGAAAAACAAACCGAUAUUAAUCCAGAUGACAGCGUGGACGAGAUGACAGAGCUGAGCAAGCAUCAGGAACCAUUGCAACUGGUUACAUGUGAAAAUUCUGAGCUUAGCACCAUGAAGCCCAAGCGUCUGCUAAGCAAGCUUCACAUGCUGGUGUCCACGGUGCAGCGGGCCAGAUUCCGUGGAUUUCCUGAGGAUCCACAACAGUUGCUACAGAAUUUAACGCCCAAAGAGCUGAUGGAUCGCCGUGAUCCACCGCCGGCACAGUUCUCCACCCUGCCGUGCAGCCCCAAUGAGCUAAUCAGUCUGUUGUCCCUCAAGCGGGAGGUCCUGCAACCACAUGUGGCACGCCCGCUGAAAGUCUGCCGCUCGCCCAUUUUCUGCCCCGAUGCUGAUUGCAGGCGUAUGUUCUUCAUUUCCGACUUCAACGAUCAUCUGACACACGAACAUCCCUCGCUGGCCAUGGAGCGCAUUACCCCCUGCAAGGCCAAGACCUUCUUUCUGGACACGCGCGUCACACUGUUGAAUAAAGCCAAAUGCAAUAUGGUCUACUUUGUCAAGGACAAGUUCAUUGACAAGAACACCGAAAAGUAUCCCGAUCUGCUGCCGGUGCUCGUGAUGACCGCCCGCUUGCACGCACCCGACUUUUUUACAUCCAACAAUCCUGCCAAGCCGCGCUCCACCGCAAGGGCUGGUGGCUCUGAUCAGGAAAUCUUUCUCAUCUGGCUGACCAGCAUUCGACCCGACGAUGUCAAAAUUAUUGGCACCAUAUCCGUUUGGCCAACAAGUAGCCGACCCAUUGUCGAAUACCUGAUGGUGCAAACCAACGAGGUCUACAAUAUUCGUUCGGCCCAAAAGCUAAAGACCAUCUAUAACAGCAAUCGUGUUAUGGCCCUGCCUGGCAAUUUUGUCAACCGAAUGACCGACGGUGGCAAACACCUUUUGGCCGUACAGGUGUUGAUUCAUUAGUUUUAUCUUUGGUAACGAUUCGAUAUAAAUUUUAAUCAAGUGAAUUUUAUAAAUAAAUUGUGGGAGGGAAUCAUUUAAUUGCUAUA